AAGGCUGGUAAAGCUUUGUCAGGCAAUGACCAAGAACCAUCUCUGAAUCUAAGCGAUACCACUAGCCUAGAUCCAUAUCUUAUAUCUGAAGAAGAUGAGUUAGCUCUAGAUCAAGUGUUCUUUCAUGAUACUGAAGCAGAAGCUGUUCUCAAAAAAGAGGAUCUUCAUCUUGAUAGUAUUGAUCCCAUAAUUGCAGCUAUUAGAAAAGAAAUCAUAGAAGAGCAAAGGAAUAUAAUAACUCAAUAUUUAAUAGAUAAUCAACUAGCAAAAGAAGAACAGGUUAGUGAUCCAGAAAAAUUCCGUAAAUAUUGUGCUGAUGAAGAACAUCAGGAACAUAUUAAGGAAGCUCAUAAUAACCCAAGAACCAAAGCAUUAUUAGAACAGGCAGAGAUCAAAGGGUAUCAAACAGUACAUUCCCAAUUUAGUGGUAGAUUUUCUACUAUGAACUGGAGUGAUGGAGCUGGAAAAAAUAAUAGAACUGGGGUUACUACCAAGACUCAAAUAGUACGUAAUAGCAAUGGUGAUGAGAUUGCUAAAUUAACCGAGUCAACACAUAAACUCACCCCUCCUCAAAUGGUACAGAAAAGUGAUGGUACUAGUGUAGAAAUUCGCAGCUACCGUACUAUAGAUUUUCCGAGAAGCCUUGAGGGCGGUACAGGACCAAUGCAUCUCUCUUUAGCUGUCAAGGACCAGAAUGGCAACAAUAUUGCUGCUAAUCGCGCGGUAUAUUUUACUGCUCACUAUGACGAUAAUGAAGAACUAGUUGAGGUUAGCUCGCCUAAACCUGUUAAAUUUAAUAGCGAUGAGCCUGAUGCAAUAGGGUACAUAGAACAUGGAGGGCAGAUUUAUACUUUACCAGUAACUAGGGCAAAAUAUCAAGAAAUGAUGCAAGAAGUAGCUAGAAAUAAUGGACAUGAUGUAGAUAUCUCGCAAACUAUUGAUAACAACGCAGUUGAUUUAAUAGAAACCUCAGUACAGAAAAGUGAAAGAAUGUCUCAACAACACAUAAAUAGUUAUGAUGAAACAAAUCUUUAUGAGGCACCUCCUAUUUCAAUAGAUCCACCAGUUACUUGCGUUGCCACACUUAUAUCAGAGCUUCCUCUAGAAACAGCAGAAGUGAUUAACUCUACUAUACCUAUACCACCAUUCGCGCCUUCCUCUUCACCUCCACCUCUACCAACUAGUCCCAAACCAGGGCGUAAAACAUCUUCAGAGGAAUUUGACAAGGAACUACAA